AUGUCGUUCAUAACUAAGGUUAGAGCGUCAAGACCAUUACAAAUUGUUAUUUUAAUUCUUUUUGCAUUGGUAACGUAUUAUCAAUUUUUCACUAAAUCAAAUGAUAGUUAUACACCAGAAGAGUUAAAUUCCUUAUUACAAAAUAAAGAUGAAAGUACUGUUGCAAUUAAAAAAGUUGAAUUAACUAAUCAAGGCUUACAUAAACCAUAUUUGGAUUCAGUUAGUUUAAAAUUGAAAGAUUGGGACAUUGGUGGUAAUACAUUAAUUAAAAAUAAUGAUUAUGUUAGAUUAACUGGUGAUAAUCAACAUCAAGUUGGUAAUCUUUUCAAUAAAUUCCCAAUUCAAGCCGAAUCUUUUGAAAUGGAAUUGACUUUCCAUAUUCAUUCCAAAACAACCAAUGGAUUAGUAGGUGAUGGUUUUGCAAUUUGGUUCCUUGAUGAAAAAUCUCCAAUUGGAGAUGUUUUUGGAUCGAAAAAUUAUUUUAAUGGAUUAGGUAUAAUGAUUGAUACUUAUAAAAAUGGUAAAAGGGGACAUUUCCCAUUUGUUAAUUUAAUGUUGGGUGAUGGUAAAACAUUUUAUAAUAAAGAGACUGAUGGAUUUGAAACAAGAUUAGCUGGUUGUGUUGCUAAAAGUUUAUUAAAUCCAACAAGUAAAAUUUCAAAAGCGAGAAUUGUUUAUAUAAAAGAUGGUUAUCUUUCGCUUGAUUUUAACUAUAAUGGAAUUGAUGAAGAUUGGCAAAAUUGUGUUACUUUAACUAAUGUUUUAUUACCUCCAGUUAAAUACUUAGGAUUUAGUUCUGAAAAUGGUGAUUUAACUGAAGCAGUUGAUUUAUUAGAAAAUAAAAUAUUUGCAUUAUAUAACCCUGAUGAAGAAGGUGUUUUCAUUGAAUCGGUUGAUCAAUUAACUAAUUUAAUUAAAGAACAAGCCGAAGCCGAUCAACAAGUUGCGGAAGACUUUAAAAAGGGUGGAGGUAGACAUCGUUCAUUUAAGAAAAAGAAAACUAGUGGAGAAAGAAGAAAAUCAUUGAAAAGAUUGAAAAAUGCUGAAAAAAGACUUAAAGAAAGAGAAAGAGAAUUAAGAAUUGCAAAAUAUGGAGAUGCUGAAACUACAUUUUUAUCAAAUUUAUUAAAUAAGAUUUGGAAAUUAAUAAUUUGGGUUUUUUAUAUAAUAUUAACCAUAUUAGUUGCAUGGAUUUUAUUUUCAAUUUAUAGAGUUCAAAAACAACAAAGAAAAUCAAAAACAACUGGAUUAUUAGAUUAG